AUGCUUCUUUCAUUGGUAAGAUGCAGCACUAAAAGACAAUGGGCAAUUUCUUCUACUGGAAUUAGGUUGCUAUCUAUUUCAAGUCCAUUUCUAUCAACUGGAUCCAGUAAUUCUGAUUUUCUUAUGAAUCUUUCUGGAUCAACAAGGUCAUCAAAACAUAAUAAUUUACAUAAUAACGAUAGGACCCCUAUCAACAAAUAUAAAAGUAAUCAUGGGCCAAAGAAAGUACAUUCAAAUUAUCAAUUGGAAACUAAGAUACAACCUAAAAAAAUGCACCAGUCUACCAAAUUCAAGAAAUUUUCAAUAAAAUGGACCACAGGAUCUGAAAGAGCUCAGAAAGCAGCUAACGAAGUUUUUCAAAAGAUACUGGGGUUAAGUCCAAAUGGUGUUAUUAAAGCUUUAAAUUUAGAAACAAAUGAGAUUGAAACCUCUUCGAUAUUUCAAUUUGCUAAAGGUAUUGAUUUAGAUAGACAUGGAUUUAUUAUAGCAAAUGUUGAAAGAACGACAGAUCACAAGAAGAUUCCCUUAGUCAAGCUGAUAGAGGCUAGAGUGGCUUUAAGGAGAUAUUCUGAUAAAGUUGCAGACAGGAAACAAAAAGAACUAAUAGAUUUGGGUGUUAUCAAAUCAUCAAAAAAGUACGAUAAUGAAAAGGAAAAAGUAGGUAUAAAGCAUAUCAGAGUUUCUUGGAAGAUUAAAGAAACUGAUUUAGCAAAGCAGAAAACUAAUGAAAUACAAUCUGCCUUGAAGAAGGGACAUAAAUUAUGCAUAUAUCUCGAUGAUAAAACACGUACCAACACUGAUUGGGUCGAUGAUUUCACUAUUCCUGCUGAAAACUCUAAUAAAAAAAUAUCCAAAAGGGAGAAAUUGAACAGAACUGCCAUUUUGGACGCUGUCAAGAGUCUAUUAGAAGAAGAAGAUACAUUUCUAUCUUUCGAAGGAAAUAUAGAAAACAGAAUGCUAAUUAAAAGCACUCCCAAGACAUUAUCAACAAGUAAAAACAAAGAAGCCUUAGAUGAGAAAAAGGUCUUAAAAGAACAAAAAAAGCAAGAGAGGAGAGAGAAGUUACGCCUAAGAACUGAGAAGAAACAGGACACCGUCACAUAA